UUUAUAGAAAUAAUAAGAAGAAAAGUUUUUCUUAUUAUGAAUUCAGAGCUUGAAGAUAAAUUAAAGAAAAUUCAAGCUAGCCGGGAUGAAAGCAAGGGAAUCGGCUUGACUUCAGUUGGGGCUUUUGAUCAAGACAUCUUUGGUGGUUCCGAUAAGUUUGCUGGCUAUUCCACUUCAAUUGCUGUUGAUGGAGAAGAAGAAGAAGAUGAAUUGCAACUUCAGUUUGCUAGUAAGAGGAAGCAAUUUACGGCUCACGAGCAGUUCUUCAAAGCAAAUGAAAAAGAAGAUUUUGAUCCUAUGAAAGAAUAUCAAAUUCCUCGCGUUGUUGAUCGGGAAAAUGAAUACCAAAAACGGCGAUAUGCACGUGUUCUUUCACCAGAACGUUCUGAUCCGUUUGCCCCACAAGAAUCUGAUGCCCGUACCUACGCUGAUGUCAUCAAGGAACAACAAUUACUAAAAGAAGAAGCUGAGCUGAAGAAAAAAAUUCAAGAAAGAAAAGAUGAUACCCGUUCGAGCGCCCCUGCAAUCACUACGAAAGAAGAAAAAAAAGUUACUGUUGAAGUUGUCAGUGAAACUUCUUCUUGGGAAACUCCAGCAAGAGAGAGAAAACGUCGUCGUUGGGAUGCCACCCCUCAAGAAGUUAAUCUCGGUGGCCAAACUCCGAUCCUUUCUAAACCGUCCGAUAGUUGGGCUGGAGAAACCCCAGGCACUGCGGCAGCUGAAACGCCUAGCAGAAGGCGGAGGCGAUGGGACGUGGCCACUCCUAUUAAUGAGGUUGGCGGUGAGACACCCAUUGGCCCGUAUGCCGGUCAGACUCCUAUUGGUGGCAUAUAUGGCGUCACUCCUAUUGGUGUUCAUGCCAUGAGCCUUCAGACCCCCGCACAUCCCGGAUUGGCGUUCACUCCCGAGAAAAUCCACGCAACACGUGUCGAGAGCGAAAUGGCGGAGAGAAACCGUUAUUGGUCCGAUGAAGAAUUGGACCAGAUGUUUCCUCAAGAGGGCUACACUAUCUUAGAGCCUCCACCCGGCUACCUGCCCCUGAUGACCCCUUCAAGAAAAUUAAUGCAAACUCCUACACCAAUGAAUCAAGGCGGUUUCAUACUUCAGGAGCAAACACCUCGUCCACACGACUUUGGCGUUAUUCCGGAACUGGAAAGUCAAGGCCUUCCUGGCAUGAAGCCCGAAGACCUUCCUUACUUUGAUAAACUUCUUCAGAAUGUGGAUGAAGAUACGCUCGAGCCUGAACAAGCUAAAGAGCGCAAGAUUAUGCGUCUUUUAUUGAAGAUAAAGAAUGGCACUCCACCAAUGCGCAAAGCGGCGCUUCGCCAGUUGACUGAUAAAGCCCGCGAAUUUGGGCCAGGCCCUCUGUUUAACCAAAUUCUUCCGCUUCUUAUGACGCCCACGUUAGAAGAUCAGGAGCGUCAUUUGCUAGUAAAAGUUAUUGAUCGGAUAUUGUACAAACUGGAUGAUCUCGUGAGGAAUUACGUUCAUAAGAUUCUUGUAGUUAUUGAGCCGCUGCUUAUUGUCGAAGAUUAUUAUGCGAGAGUGGAAGGCCGGGAAAUAAUCUCUAAUCUAGCUAAGGCCGCCGGGCUUGCUACAAUGAUUUCUAACAUGCGCCCUGAUAUUGAUAACGAAGACGAAUACGUCCGUAAUACGACUGCCAGAGCUUUUGCAGUGGUGGCCUCGGCUUUAGGCAUUCCCCAACUUCUUCCGUUUUUGAAGGCCGUUUGUAAAAGUAAGAAAUCGUGGCAGGCUCGCCACACCGGCAUAAAAAUUGUCCAGCAAAUCGCCAUUCUUAUGGGUUGCGCUAUUUUACCACAUUUGCGCAAUUUGGUAGAUAUUAUUGCGCAUGGUCUUGAAGAUGAGCAACAAAAAGUCCGCACUAUCACUGCUCUCGCUAUUGCUGCUCUUGCCGAGGCCGCGACUCCCUACGGUAUUGAAUCUUUUCAAGAAGUCAUUAAAAAACUUCAUCGCGGCAUUGAAAAGUACCACGGAAAAGCGUUGGCUGCUUUUCUAAAGGCGAUGGGCUAUAUUAUUCCGCUUAUGUCUCCCGAACUCGCCGUGUUUUUUACCGGCUCGAUUCAUAAAAUUCUUGUUCGCGAGUUUCAAAGCCCCGAUCCGGAGAUGAAAAAAAUUGUACUGAAAGUCGUUAAGCAAUGCUGCAGCACUGAUGGCAUUGAUGGCCAGUUUAUUAAAGAAAACUUUAUUGAUGAAUUUUUCAGAGCCUUUUGGGUUAAGCAAGUCGCUCACGAUAGGCAUAUAUAUCGCCAAUUAGUCGACACGACUAUUGAACUGGCCAAUAAAGCGGGCGUUUCUGAGAUUGUUUCUCGAAUUGUUUCAGGAUUGAAAGACGAAUCUGAACAGUACCGGAAAAUGGUCAUGGAAACUAUUGAAAAAGUUGUUGGGAAUCUCGGCGCUGCUGAUAUCGAUAAUGCAUUGGAAGAAAGACUGAUUGACGGAAUUGUUAGUGCCUUUCAAGAGCAAGAGAGCGGCGAUGAGGUCAUGCUGAACGGCUUUGGCACUGUAGCCAAUACGCUUGGACUACGCAUCAAACCUUAUUUACCUCAAAUUUCAGGGAUUGUUUUGUGGAGGCUUAACAAUAAAGUCGCUAAAGUGCGUCAACAAGCAGCUGAUUUGGUGUCUCGUAUUGCUGUCGUCAUGAAACUAUGCGGUGAUGAAACAUUGAUGGGCCACUUGGGAAGAGUAUUGUUCGAGUCUAUUGGCGAAGAGUAUCCCGAGGUUUUAGGUAGCAUUUUAUGCGCCAUGAAGAGCAUCGUGAAUGUUAUUGGCAUGUCCCGCAUGACUCCGCCAAUCAAAGAUUUACUUCCAAGGCUUACUCCAAUCUUAAAAAACCGCCACGAAAAGGUUCAAGAGAAUUGUAUCGAUCUGGUUGGGCGAAUUGCCGAUCGCGGUGCAGAAUAUGUUGGUGCGAAGGAGUGGAUGCGGAUUUGCUUUGAGCUACUCGAAUUAUUAAAGGCGCAUAAAAAGAGCAUCCGGCGCGCGGCGGUCAAUACUUUUGGGUAUAUCGCGAAGGCUAUUGGUCCACAGGAUGUUCUGAUCACAUUGCUUAACAAUCUUAAGGUUCAAGAGCGGCAGAACCGCGUGUGUACCACCGUUGCUAUUGCUAUUGUAGCGGAAACGUGUUCGCCUUUUACAGUUCUUCCACAUUUGAUGAAUGAAUACCGAGUUCCUGAGCUGAAUGUCCAAAACGGCGUGCUCAAGUCUCUUUCUUUUUUGUUUGAGUACAUUGGAGAAAUGGGAAAAGAUUAUAUUUAUGCUGUAACAACUCUUCUUGAAAACGCUCUGAUCGACCGCGAUCUUGUUCAUCGCCAGACCGCCUCUUCCGUCGUUAAGCACAUGUCCCUUGGGGUUUUUGGAUUUGGUUUGGAAGAUGCUUUAGUUCAUUUGUUAAAUUUUGUGUGGCCAAAUAUUUUUGAAACUUCUCCGCACGUGAUCAACGCAGUUAUGGAAGCCAUUGAAGGCUUAAGAGUUUCACUCGGGCCUGGUGCUAUUCUUUAUUAUGUAUUGCAGGGAUUAUUCCAUCCUGCAAGGAAAGUUAGGGAAGUGUACUGGAAGAUUUAUAAUAACUUGUACAUCGGCGCACAAGACGCACUCGUGGCCUUUUAUCCGCGGCUGGAAGAUAAUGAGAGAAAUAAUUAUCUUCGACGAGAACUUGAAUAUGUUCUUUAA